UUCACUUCCUGCAGUAGCACUGUUGUGCUUCUUUUGGCUGAUAAACAUGGCUACUGCUGGAGCAGCUGGAGACGACCUGAGGAAAGAGCUCACAUGUGCAAUUUGUUUGGACUUCUUCAAAGACCCUGUCAUACUGAAAUGCGGACACAAUUUCUGUCGGUUUUGCAUCUGCAUGCACUGGGAUGAAAAUGGCGGAGACUACGGGUACCAGUGCCCUCAAUGCCGAACGGUGUUCAACAAGAGGAGCUUCACUAAAAACUACCUGGUGCAGAACCUGGUGGCCAAACUGGACGAUCUGGAGUGCCUAGGGUCUUGUCCUACACCCUCUAAGCCCGUCAAAGUAGAUGGAAAGUGUGAACAACACGGAGAAGAGCUGAAAUUAUACUGCCAGACUGAUAAGAGGCCCAUCUGUGUAGUAUGCAGGGAGUCUAGAGCACACAGACAUCAUGAGGUAGCACCAGUGCCUGAGGUUGUGAAUGACAUGAAGAUGGAACUGAAACUGAGGCUAAUGGAGCUCAACUGGCAGAAGUCUCAAUGUGUAAAGAUUAUGACGGCUGAUGAACGCACUAAAAGUGAAGUGAGGGUGAAGAAACAGAGGCUCAAGGAGAAGAUUGAAGCGGAUGUCGGUGCCUUGGUCCAAUUCUUGCUAGAUGAGAGAGACUCCCUGCUUGAGAGCCUGGAUGCUGAGGAAGUGGCCACGAUGGCCGUCAUAGACGACAACUUGAAGACCGUGGAGACGGAGGCGGCAGUUGUGGACAAAGCUAUAGCUACUAUCCACAGCCACAUUAGUGGGAAAACUAGCUUUGAGAGUCUUGCUCAGACAUUUAACGAAGUCAUUCAUUGCAAGCCUUUCACAUCUCUUGAGACUGUUAAUUGUCAGACUGAAUUUACAGACUUCUCAGGGCCCUUCCAGCUUAUCAUGUGGAAGAAGAUGAUGCACGUGCUGCAUACCAUGCCUCAGAACCUCACCUUAGACCCAGACACUGCUCACCCGAACCUGCUUAUCUCAGACUUUGACACAAAAGUGGAAGAGGGCCGUGUUCGUAACCAGGAGCCAGACCUGCCAGCCCGCUUCACCCGGUUCUGUGGUGUUCUUGCCACAGCCCAGUACGCCAGCGGCCAGCAUUACUGGGAGGUGGAUGUGAAGGACAAAGGUGUGUGGUACCUGGGAGUCACCACUGAGUGCAGCAACAGGAAGGGCUUCGUCAGCCUCACUCCCUCUGCGGGAUACUGGAGCCUUUGUCUGCAGGACCGGCUGUAUGCCAACGGAGAAGAUGGGCGCAUCCCAGUCGCUGACUACUGGAACUCUCCUCGGGUCGGUGUGUACCUGGACUAUGACAACGGGCGUCUUAGUUUCUAUGACGCCGUCACAAUGAAGAGACUUUUCAUGUUUGACACCUGCUUUGAGGAGCCUGUCUAUCCUUUCUUCAGCCCAGGGAAGAAUGAUCCAGGCAGCAGGCUGCAGAUAUGCCACUAUUACUAAGAGCUGUGAUGAGUGUUUUGAAUUUAGUUAUCUAAGAGUAAACUCAUGUAUGCCAGUGUUGUCAGAUUUGCUAUUAGCAAGGUUUUACUCACAGACUAGGCUGAGGUGACAGGGUGAUGUUGACCCUUGGAGCCAUGUACUGUGUGCAUUUGAGCUUUUACUUGUUGGUCGUACUGGUGUUAGAAAAUAAGGGUUACACAGAAUAUGAAGUACCAGGUGUCUCAUCAGACUUUGGUUGUUAUGAAGAGCGUAAUGUUGCUCAUUUUUUGAGGUAUAACAUUUGAAAUUUGGACACAAACUGUAAGCUUUAUACCCCUGACUGCUGAGAAGGGGGUUUGGAGACGUGCUUUGCUGUCUAUCACUGUGUCUGCUGGGAUGCAGAUGCCUCAGAUGCUCUUGUUAAUUAGAGCAUAACAAGUUCUUAUCCCACUGGCAACCGCUAUGCCAUAAAACUGUACAUUAACACAUAUCGGCUACAUUUUGGCCAGGCAGGGUCAGUGCUGUUACCUUGUUAGGUAGAACUUGUAGGACACGUUGCAAAGUUAUCACAUUGAUCGUUGUUAAGAUUCCCUACUUCUACACUGAAGAACAAUCAGUCAGUACUAAAUAUAAUAGAAUUAUUCACUCAACUUGGCCAACUUGUACUGGGAUUUCACCUCUCAGACAAUGGUUAGGCUUCCAGGAACAAACGGCCCAGGUUGGUUGUUUUGUAGUCGUUAACGUCAGUACAGUUAAUUUUGUCAUUCUCUCGGGGGUCACAUUUUACUUUUAUCUGGGAAGUGAUACGGAAGGAAAGUCAUGCUACUUUGUUUUGUUAAAAUCUGACAUUUUAUCAGCCUGCCUGAAAAUGAGCAGGUAUAAGACAAAGCAAACAUUUUUCAGCAAAUUGUUAAGCUAUACAGCCAUGUCUGCAAAUAUAAUGUCACUUAGUAGGUGACCAUUUUUAGACAUGUAUUACAUUCCAUCAAUGUCUGUCAGGAUUCACAGCCACAAGCCUGCUAGACUAAAAUGAAAACCUGUGGAAUGCUGAAUGAAAGUUUUAUUACAUGUUCAUGUAUUUUGUUCGCUUUUUACAAAUUACCUGCAGUGUUAUGUUUUUGUUUUUUUUGAAAUCCUAUUCAUUUUUCUUUUUAAAGAAUCCUGCUUUAGAUUAUUGAUUGCUAGCUGUUGAGUUGGUCCUUGUGCUGCAAAUUUGUCCUGACAUUUUAAUGUCUAUUUUCCAACUGCAGUGUGAUUUUUAACUUUUUAUAUUUUUUAGCAAUUGCUCUUUUUAUUUGAUUUUGAAUGUAAACUUACAUGUAUCUGGACAAUUAUAAAUAUUUCCAUCUGUCCUAACCCCCCCCCAAUCUGUAUGAGUUUUUAAUCUAUUUUUCAAAGGAUCUUAUUGAGGAGCAAAGUAAUGUUUUAACAGCAUGAAAUUGUGAGAAUGACAAUCCCUCCAGCCAAUGUCAAAUUGCCCCCCCCCCCAGUUUAUUUUUAGACAUCUAAAGUAUAGUGUUGGGACUGCAAAAGGCUCUUUAACUUUGAAUUUUUUUUUUUUUUUUGUCUAUUAUUGUGUACCUCAUUUAAUACCUAUACGUACAUUAUUUUGCUGAUUUUCAUUCAUGUGUUCAGCUUAGAAAUUGUCUUGAUAAAUGUGACAAUGUUGUUUUUUUUGGCCCGUUCAUCUACAAAUGUGCUUAGUGUUUCUCAGACUUGAAAAUAAGAUUAAAAGAAGAAAGAGA